AUGAAGAUUGAUGACAUCGAACUUCGUAGGAAUAGAUACGAAGAGAUCCGAGAUAGAGUCAAGCAGUGGAGCUGUGCAAACGUGGAGACUUUGAUGCUCGGAGGGCUUCAUUUUAAUGAAGUUGCGCCGAUCCUCGCUAGCUUCGGUGUUGAGAAACUACUGGAGAUAAAAAUGGAUCUACUUUCUGAGGAAAUUGAUGUGGAAGUAGCCGAGGAAGUCGCAAAGCUGGAGCAAUGGAAGAGUACAAAAGUUAUUGACAUCAAUGAAAGUUGCAAAUUGGAUUUGGGAAUCGCUCACUUUCUUCAUUUCCAUGCUUUUAGUGUUGCAUUGAAGAGAUUCACCGUGGAGGACGCGGUUAUUGUUAGAGACAACCUCAUCAAAUCCGCCGAUUUCGAAUCUGCCGACAUCCAUGUUCAGAUUACGGGAAACACUUUUUGA